CAGGCGGCAUUCCCUCCGCCAAGCAGGGGCGCAGCGCCUCCGGGGGCGCAGAUUGAAGCGCUUGGGCUCACGGGGUGCCACGCGCGUCCCUUGCGCUGCCGGGCAACCUUUCCUGAAUCAGUUGCAAACCCGGAAUGUAGCCUUCGGUAGGCACUAGGCCGGGGAAAGAGGUUGCGGGAGGCUGGGCGGAAGGUGGGAGGUGAGUAGGCGAAUUGCUUUUCAAGAUUCGUUCCAAUUAGUACCAAGUUGGCAGACAAGCCCACAAACCCACAACGCCUUUAGUCCCCCGCAGGUCACAUCUUCUGCCUUUCAAAAUAAUCCCAUCGUAAGGAAACUUCGGCUCUUGGGUUAAGGUAAAGAGGGACCAAAACUCAGCACUACUGCCUUUUCCGGGUCACACUACAGGGCAGACACGUUAGGGUCCUCAGCCCCUGGUCUCCAUCCAAGUCUGCGCCCCUGACGCCGGGCUGACGGGGAGCGGGGCGAUUGCAGAAAGCUCCCUGCAGGAGACGUAGAGCAGGGCGAGGGAAGAGGAUUCUGUGUCACAGCACAGGAGCACACCCGUCCAGGAGUUUUGCCAGGAACACCAGCGCCUGCAUUGCGUCGGACCUGACCAUUCCCAAUGUGAAAUUCCCGGGGAAGGUCGCGCGCGGCCGGGGAUCCGGCGUGCACAGGGCUGGUGCAGACCGCAAGGGUAGUAGAGCUGGUGGUCGGCUUUUCUGGCUGGAGAGUAAAAAGCUGCGCCGGCCAGAGUGGGAACUGAAUGGCAACCCCCCUUUGCCUAGCCACCCCCUCCUAUUUUCCAUCUACCUCCUCGCUCCUGCCCUCCCCCGCCCUCCCCAACCCACGCUUGGGUGGGCCAAUCGCUGCUCUGCAUUCCAGGCGCUUUCUCAGGUUUCUGCUGAUCUUGCAGCGCCCAGAAAUGGAGCGCGCGGACCCGCUGCCGCUGCACGCGUCCUGCCGCACUCGGCGCUUCUGAAGGCUCCGGUGCGCGGGGCAGCCUUAGCCAGGGCCGCGCUGGGGAGCGGCGAGCGGAGAGCCCGAGCGCGCCAUGUAGAGCCGAGCUAACAUCAGCCCGCCUCCUUCGGGAACGAGUCGAGGGCUCCCUCCGUGUUCGGAGGGGGCGAGUGUUGUCGAUCGUCAUUUGCCUCGGAGCUUCGGGAGAGGGUGGCGUUUUUGCUUUGCAUCUCCGCAUCCUCUGGAACUCCCUGCACCGGAGGCAGGACGCCGUCUCCAGGUUGGAAAUGGGGGUAGAGAAAGGACGUUUCCGCCGCAGCGGCUCAGGAGAACAACUCUCCGACUGAGAGGGGCGCAGCACGCGCGGACGCGCGAGGGCGGCGAGGGGCCCGCGCCUCGGAUGCCACGGGUGGCCGCCAGCGCUUCACCGGGGACUGCAAAGGCGACCUGCCGCAUUCCACCCGGGCUCGCCGCCGACCCUGCACGGCCUGCGCCAAGCCGCCUGUCAGCGUCCAUCGAUCGAUCGCCCUGGUGGGAGCUUAAAGGCGGCAGGCGAAGAGGGGUAGGAGGGGGGAGAGCCGAGGAGCAGCACGGGGGGUGGUGGGCACUGGGAUCUGCUGAGCUAGCACUGCACCCAGUCCCGGGGGCUGUGGAGGGGAGGGGAGGGGAGGCCAGAGCAAGCCCGGAAGCCAUGGCCCGGUCCGCUAGAACAACACUACGUUAAGGCACCUCGGAGCAGGAGCAGGAAGAAAUACCAAACACAGCCCUCGAAGCAGACCCAGAGCUCCCUGCCCCCACCAACCCUUGCACAGAAAAAAAAAAAAAAAAAAAAUCUACACUCGGGCCUGCAGGAGGAGGGGACCCCCAAACCUAGGGAAAGGAAAGGUGGAGGGAAGGUAGUGUCUGGCCUUGUUACCUUUGAAGCCCCUCCUCCUGUGCCUCGCGGACUCUCACAGUCCGGGUGUGUGUGGGGGCUCCCGGGUACCCCCACUCCGUGCACCUCGCCGUUUUGCAGCCUCCUGGGCUCUCUCUUGGCCUCCCGCCCCUGCGCCCCGCUUCCACCAUGACGGUGAUGUCGGGGGACAAUGUCGACGAAGCCUCCGCUGCCCCGGGCCACCCCCAGGAGGGCAGCUACCCCCGGCAGGCGGACCACGACGACCACGAGUGCUGCGAGCGCGUGGUGAUCAACAUCUCCGGACUGCGCUUCGAGACGCAGCUCAAGACCCUGGCGCAGUUCCCCAACACGCUGCUGGGCAACCCCAAGAAGCGCAUGCGCUAUUUUGAUCCGCUCCGCAAUGAGUACUUCUUUGACCGUAACCGGCCCAGCUUCGACGCCAUCCUCUACUACUACCAGUCCGGGGGUCGCCUGCGCAGGCCGGUCAACGUGCCCCUGGACAUGUUCUCAGAGGAGAUCAAAUUCUACGAGUUGGGCGAAGAAGCCAUGGAGAAGUUCCGUGAGGAUGAGGGCUUCAUUAAGGAGGAGGAGCGCCCCCUGCCGGAGAAGGAAUAUCAGCGCCAGGUGUGGCUGCUCUUCGAGUACCCCGAAAGCUCAGGGCCCGCGAGGGUCAUCGCCAUCGUCUCUGUCAUGGUCAUCCUCAUCUCCAUCGUCAUCUUCUGCCUGGAGACGCUCCCUGAGCUGAAGGACGAAAAGGACUUAACGGGCACCAUCCACCGCAUCGAUAACACCACGGUUGUCUACAGCUCCAACAUUUUCACAGACCCCUUCUUCAUCGUGGAGACCUUGUGUAUUAUCUGGUUCUCUUUCGAGCUGGUGGUGCGCUUCUUUGCCUGCCCCAGCAAGACGGACUUCUUUAAGAACAUCAUGAACUUCAUUGACAUCGUGGCCAUCAUUCCUUAUUUUAUUACCCUGGGCACGGAGAUAGCUGAGCAGGAAGGAAAUCAGAAGGGCGAGCAGGCCACUUCGCUGGCCAUCCUCAGGGUCAUUCGGCUGGUAAGGGUGUUUAGAAUCUUCAAACUCUCCCGCCACUCCAAGGGCCUCCAGAUCCUGGGCCAGACCCUCAAAGCUAGUAUGAGAGAGUUAGGGCUGCUCAUCUUUUUCCUCUUCAUCGGGGUCAUCCUGUUUUCUAGUGCAGUGUACUUUGCCGAGGCGGAAGAAGCUGAGUCGCACUUUUCCAGUAUCCCCGAUGCUUUCUGGUGGGCGGUGGUGUCAAUGACCACUGUAGGAUACGGUGACAUGUACCCUGUGACAAUUGGAGGCAAGAUCGUGGGCUCCUUGUGUGCCAUCGCUGGUGUGCUGACAAUUGCCCUGCCCGUACCUGUCAUUGUGUCCAAUUUCAACUAUUUCUACCACCGAGAAACUGAGGGGGAAGAGCAGGCUCAGUUGCUCCACGUUAGUUCUCCUAACUUAGCCUCUGACAGUGACCUCAGCCGCCGCAGCUCCUCCACUAUCAGCAAGUCUGAGUACAUGGAGAUCGAAGAGGAUAUGAAUAAUAGCAUAGCUCAUUAUAGACAGGCCAAUAUCAGAACUGGCAAUUGCACCACAGCUAACCAAAACUGCGUUAAUAAGAGCAAGCUACUCACCGAUGUUUAGGAAAAGCAAGUAAGCAGGCAAAAAAGCCCCACUCAAAAAGACUUAAACACCCCAGUGACUCAGGUCACACUUUGUAGAUACUUUACUAAGUAGUCUUUGAAUGCUUUACUUAACUGUCAAUGCAUUGUUGCAUUGUGAAUUUUGGGAGUGGCGAACUAGAAAUUUUCAAGAUCCAUGCCAAAAAUUAAAAAAAAAAAAAAGGGAAACUAUUUUCAUUUUGUUAAAAAAAUGGGAAAGGAAAGAGUUAUUUUCUAAAACCAGCUUUAAAAACACAGUCCAUGAACUAAUCCAGGUAAGAUAAGAUUCCUAUGUUUCCCCCUAUUGAAACAUUUCUAAUCCUUUGGCUUCGUAAAAAAUUUUUUUUAAACUGAAAUCCAGGUGAUUAGUUAGAAAUGUAAAAUUAAAAUUUGCACAAACUCCAAUUUAAGAUUUUUGCAAACCUUGCAGCACAGUAAGGCAGUGCUUCUGACCUAUUCUAUGUACCGUAAUAAACCAGCUACAAUGGGCGACGAAUACAUGGUUUUCUUUUGAUCAGCUGAACUGCAUAUUGAAAGGUAAACAAAACCAGAAUCACUUCAGACUGGCUCAUAAAGCACCUUAUCAAUCUGAUAUUGGUCCUAAUCUAUGAGAAUUUUCCCUCUGCCCUCCUUCUCAGACUUCUUAUCCAGACUCUUCUCUAAGAAAAGAAUAACUGAGUUAAUCUAAUUGAUUCAUCUGCAGUGCUGCUAAGAUUUCUUAACUGCAGGGAAUCCAAACACAGGUCUUUCCUCUCCAGUCCUGCCCCCUGCCCCUGGUCUUCAGAACUGGAUGUCAAAUCUUAGUCUCCUUAUUGCAAGAGAGCACAAAUGGAGUUACAUGUAAGCAUGCUCUAAUCCGGUAACAUUUAUUUUAUAAUCGCAUGCCUAAUGUUAACCCAGACAAUAGGGAAUAAGUUUACGUUGAAAUUGACUCUUCUAAAAAUAGAUCCUUUUUCAUUUGCAUUCACCAAAAGUGCACUCCUUCAUUUAUUAACUCUUUUAGUAAAUAAAGGACUGUAUUUAAGUACGUAUGUUAGUCAGAUGGGAACAAUAACUUUUUGGAGCUCACAGCAUGUUCUCUUAUUCAGCAUUAUGGCCUAUUUGAUGAAGAUGUACCUUGAAUUAAUUAAUGCAUGAUUUCAGUAAUAAAAAGUUUAAAAAUAAUAAAAAUUUACCAGUCCAUGGGACGAAAGGCCCAAAAGAAAUAAUAGGGGUGGGGGUGGGAGACUCAGUUAAUUUUCCUGCGGUUGAUCAAGGGAAGCGUCAAGUUUCUGUGUAGGUUGGGGCAGAGAGAGGACCAAUAUGCCCAUCCCUUAAAUGGGAACUCUGUGGAAACUUAAUAAAAGUCAUCGAGGUAUAUAUAGUAACACCUAAGAACAAGUAUUCUUUCUAGCUGAAGAUACACCAAGCAAAACAAACACAAAAAGGUGCAAUAUUGCAUGUUUUUGGUGCAUUCUUAGGAUGUAAAUGAUAAUGUUUAUCUCUUGUAUGCAUCCAAAGCAGAGCUGAUUUCUUUUUGCAGUCAUAAUUUGAAGUCUGUUGAGACUUUGACUCUCCCCUUGAGGCUCCCUGAAGAAACUCAACCAAUUGAUUUAAUAGUUGCUUAGUGCCUUUAUCCUGUACCCACAGUGAACUGAAGACAGUGCCUCCAUAACACAGCUGAGAAGUUACGUAAGAGGGAAGGAAGGGUUGGGACAUAGAUACUUUGCUUUUUUGUUUGUUUGUUUGUUUGUUUUUCCAUCCUCACUCUCUCACUUCACCACUGUGAGAAGCCCACACCAUCCUAGAUCCUGGAGAGGAGAGAUACAGAGGAAUGCUGUCUCUCUGACCAUCCACUGGACUUGGUCCCUUGGGCAACCUGACUCUGAACGUGACCUGAGACCCAUCUUUGAACUGGACCUGGAUCACGAACUCAUUUUUUUUUAACUUCUUCUUCUCUAUUGGAAACCAAGAAACUUUUUGGGAAUUUGUAUCCUAUGGAGAGUCACUCUAGACAUGCAAAGCUUCGUCGGGUCCAGCAUGUGCUCCUGGUACAUUUCCUUAUUCUUUUCCUGUUCACUAUAGUACUUUGCAAAUCUCUGAUAGUCUGGUCUUCUUAGGCAUCAUAGUGGAUUUAGGGGCACUCAGUGCAUAACGACCUCUCCUAGGCCUUCCCUCCUGGCCCACCUCAUUUAGGUUUCCUAUGAUGCAGCUGUGAUCGUCCCACCUGGCAGUCACUUCACAGGCUGAGCAUCUAACUUCUGCCACCCCCGGCAUCUGUAGAGAAUGGUGGGGACCCUGAACCAGUGCAAAGAGCCAGCAGCUGUCCACCAAUAAAGACGUACUCAUACGCUUUCUAAGGACAACGAAGUGGAAAACCUUCAUUCUGCACUUAACUUCUAGUUGCCUGCUGUUAACUACGUUACGUUCCUGCCCUGCCUUUUCUCUGAUUUUCCCUGUUCCUCCAUCCCUUUCACUAUUCUGUAUGCAAACUGUCAGUCAGGCAAUCAACCAGAGGACAACCAAGUCAGACUGACUGACUGGAUUAAAGGAAAGAACACGGAUGCUUUGUUCCCUGUGCAACUUUUGUGAAUCCGAAAGAUGAACAUAGCACACUUCCCGAAGACGAGGGGCCAACAACAGUAUAGCCUCUGACUCCAGGGCAUUAACUCCUUCUGUGUGAUGUUCCUCCAAACUCCUCCUGGCUGUCCGUCUCCUGCUUGUUCCGCAGUCCUCCCAGAUUGAAGGGAAGUGCCAAAGCCUCCUCCAAUUCCAGGAUUAUCUUGAUCUUUUCUUUUGACUUUGAGGUCUAGGACACAACAGAAUUUAAAACACUGCACUCUGUUAACAGCAAUAAUCCUCUCAGUACUGUGGAAUGGAUGGGUUAGAGGAUGAGAGAACAAGACCAAGCCUGUAAAACGGACCCUGGCUGCUCAGCGGACUCCUUCCUCAUAGUCACUCUGGAUUGACUGAUUCUUCUGCACGCAUUACAGGAAUAAGUGCUGCAUGCAGGGAAGCUGUUGUACUGGGGCUGGGGAUGAGCUGUUGUUAUGAAAUUGGGGUGUUAUGGGGGAGAAGGAAUACUGCUUAUCCAUCGGUAGCUCAUUGCAGUGAAUUUAGUGAGACUGGAGUACAGGGAUUAUCAUAGUGUAGCAUAGGCAUGCAACGUCCGACUAAGCUCUUAUCCCUUGCACUGUAAUGUGCUGAAAUGUCUUUGUAGGCCUGAAGGUGCACUUAACAAAACUACCUACUAAGGAAUGACUGUCGUUUGGUUUACUUAUCUCAUAUUCAUUUUAUCAGACUUUUUGCCUUUCCAUCCCCUUAGAUCCUGAGCUUUGAUGGCUCAUGGCCCUGAUUAUUAGUUUUCUUCAGAAGAAGACUUCUGAUGUGCUGAUAGCCAUAGCUCAGCCCUUCCAGCUGGGUGCCCUAGUUCAACAGGGUGGCACUGGAAGGUUGGGCCACGUCAGGGCUUUUAGUCAUCCCAGAAUCUCUGAUGUGAUGAACUCACCUCAAGUGAUCUGAACCAGAGAGACCAAAGACGUUAAUUUUCUCUGUCCUCAGAUUUCUAGGUAUCAGAUCCUAGCCAGAAAAGAUUUGGGUUUUUUGUUUUUGUUUUUCUGUUUUUUGCAUCUUUCCCCCAUAGCCAUCUGUGCACACCUCCUUCCUUUGAGACCUGAUGAUCAGUAAGUUCAUUGGCUGGGUAUAUGUUAGUGAGAUACCCCAGCAAAACGUGAUCCAUGAACAGCAAGCUUUUAUCCCACGUUCUGGCCAGUGGACAGGCAUUUGUCCAACAGAGUUGCACAGUGCGUUUAGAUUCCACAGCGGUGGAGCUGAAGCACGAGGGACACUACGAUCCUCAUUCACUAGAGAAUAUGACCAAAAGAUACACAGAAAUGGUAAAUGAGGACUAGAUUUCCUAACUGGAAAUUUAGUUUGGUCCAUAAAGGGCCUUCUUCAUAUUGCAUAUAGUUACACAUUUUUCACAUUGUCUGAAAGAAUCCGUAAAACAUAGUUCCUAACCCUCCCAUUUACUAUAGGAGACUUCCAAACCUAUGAUUUUUAAAACUGAUUUUAAAUUUAAUAGAUUGAACUGAGCAGGCAUGAGAGCGAGAACAUUAGCAGAAGGCAAUUCCCCAUUUUCUUCCAGGAACAACUUAUUCCUGGGAGUGGUGAGAAUUGGUGGGUGGCAACUAUCCAUAGAAUAAAAUUGUUAGAAAGACUAAACUGCCAAACAACCACUUCAUCUUUCAGUAUUUUUCAAGCAAAAGUGAAGUCCUUUGGUGUUUAUGUUCAUGUUAAGAAGAUAAACAAACUUAAAAUUUUAAGACCAGACACCCCUCCCCCCCACCAAGUUGAAUUGAUCUCAGGAAGUGGCCUCUCAUCUCCCAUGCAGUAUAUUAGCACUUGUAUUUAUAUCGGGGAAUUUCAGGGUAUAUGUGAAUAUGUCUGGCAUGACUCAGGUAAAUUUUAAAGGAAUGUACAUUACUUACCACUUUUGUAAUGAAGCGAACAGGAACUUAAUUGUUAACCAAAACUAUUCCAUUACCUUGGAUCACUGUGCAGACUUAUUCAGGGUGUAGACAGACAUAGGUGAGAAGCCUGCAGAUCAAAGGCUAGUCUCUUUGCUCAGACGAAAUGACCAUGGGCUCUCUGGGAAAGCCCAGUGUGUAUGUGCAGGGUAAGGCCUCACUGACCUCGUGGCUGUGAGCUUUGGGGAGCUUUAGGGAUCUGAGUGACAGUGAUUUUCAUUUAUGAUCUGGAGCUUCACAGUGUCUAGAAAAUUUUGUCCUACAAUCAGAGAAGAGUGAGGAAUGAUAUAAGGAAAUGAAACAAAACAAAACAAAACAAAACAAAAAAACCCUUGCAGAAUACUCCAGGUCAAAAGCUGUCUCCUUUCCAAACUUUGCAGAUGCCCUUUCUCCUCCUUAGUGCACUGUUUUGGAAUCCCGUGUGCAGUGACUGUAAGCAGUCUGCGUGGAUUUCUUUAUGACACAUGUCUGGUAUUAACGACAGCAUUACAGAGGUUAGGAGUGAAAACUGAGUAGUAGUAACUUGAAGUGCACCGUUAGGACAACAAACCAUUUAAGCUGAAAAGAUUUUCUUUUACUUCUUGAAUUUGCCAGUUGCCUCCCCCUUGAGUUAAAGAUGUGUCUCAUUUCCCCCACCCUGGCCGUCCCCUCGUCCUAACUGUUCACCACGUCGGGUAGAGGACAUUGAAUGUUAUGAAUUGAGAACCUAAUCGAUGCGCAUAGUUUUCAUCUAUGCAAUUUUACUUGCUUCUGUCACUUUAUGAUCUGUUCAUACUUGGCAUCAAUUAAAGAUAAUUUUUAAGGAUCUUA